AUGAUGUGGCAGAUCAUUGGCAUACUUGUGCUCGUGCUGAUGCAGGUGCUCGCGGAGCAGCUGCCGACAUCUUCCAACAAUGCUAUGACUCCCAACCCAACCAUUUGCGGUGAAAUCGUCAAUAACGAGGAAGUUUCUAUUUUCGACGCGAGCCAAGCCUACAAUUGUCUGACGAGCCUUCCAUUCCACCCAGAUAUUGCCAGUCAACUUGUCCAAUAUGUCAAUGACAUGAUUCAAUUCCACAGUACGCUCGCCUAUUUGGCCGAUCCACCACAGAGCUACCAGCAGCCAGCCGUUGACCUCAUGGCCGGGCUGUCUCAACUCCAACGCGAUAUUGAUGAUAACAUCUUCCACAAUGAAUAUGCCUUUGAGACGACUCUGAGCCACUUGAUCCAUGCUGCCCAUGAUGAUCAUCUUAAGCUGGUCGGUGGCGCACUUUCUCGAUUUACAUAUGCAGCCCCUUACAGCAUCGUGUCUGUUUCGUUGGAUGGGGCAGAGCUGCCCAAGGUUUACAUCUCAGAUGAUUUAUUCGCCAACCAAACGGGUAAUCUUCGUUGGGAGCCCUCUGCCAUCGCAACCAUCAACGGUAUGGAUGUCGUUGAGUACCUGACGCAAUUUGCUGCUGUGAAUUCUAUCGGAAAGCUCGAGCCUCAUGUAGAUUGGAACAUGUUGAUGCGAAGUGAAUUCAUUACAUUCACAUUCGAGAACGGCACGACGCUCGGUCCUCUUCGUUGGAAGGCUUUAUUCUGCUGCCAUGGGGGUAAUCGACCGCUGGAGACGGGGGACGACUUCUAUAACUUUUUUGUCUUAGGUGGUUAUCCUGAAUCAUACGACGAAAGCCCGGAGGCAGACCUGACGACUAUUUCCAACCGAGCAGCCCCCAUCCUACCUUCAUUUGAAAACCCAGCGUAUCCCUCAAAGGCUGAUGUCAUAGAGGAAAGCUACACUAGGGACGGGGGAACACUUCUAAGAGGUUACUUCUUGCAUGAUUCUUCCUUAGCAGUUCUCAGUAUCCCACAUUUUGACAGCAAUACGCCCCAAUCGUUCAGCAACGCAGUCAAGGAAUUUCUCGCACGCAGUACCAAUGCAGGUCUUAAGAAAGUAGUUAUUGAUGUACAACAGAACCCGGGUGGAAGCCCUCUACUAGCACUUGAGGUCUUUAAAACAUUUUUCCCUUCCAUUACGCCGUGGGCUAGCAGUCGCCGACGUGUUCAUCCAAUGGCAAACGCUCUAGGUUCCACCCUAACGACCUACUGGCAAAACCUCACCAUGGAUCAUCCGGAGUAUUACACGUUAAUCCCUAACGAGUGGGUGGUAACUGGCCGGCUGGACUCAGAUACUGGGAGGAACUUUACCUCGUGGGAUGAUUUUGUCGGACCAACCGACCAUUAUCGUGGAGAUGGCUUUACAAAGAAGGCAAGCAACCCGUUACCCGUUCUUUGA